CAGUUCAUCUUGGAGCUUAGGCUAUGUCAAACGAAGAUGCGUGGACAGAGGGAAUAAUUAUACCAAUUCAUAAAAAAGGGUCAGUAAAUGACGUCAAUAACUACAUGUAUUGAGGCAUUACUCUAAUCUUACACCAUUUUGCUGCAUUCCUGUGGUGACAAACUAGUGAUAGAGACACAGACCUGUGGGGAUAAAGUGGGAUUUCACCUUGGCAAGUGUAGAGUGUUAAAUGUUAAUGAAGUGUGGUUGCUUGACUCUUUAAAGUAGUUUAAGAAUGAUAAGUGGUAAUUGAGUGGGAAGCCGAGAUUUGUUAUUUUGUGAUGUUGGUGUUGAAUGUGGGGUGUAUAGAAUAACUGGUUAAAAUGACACAUCAGCAUCAUUAACAGUGUUGAAACCUACAUUGAAGUGGUUGUGAACUGUCCCUAUGCUGGAUAAUGGAUAUUGGAUGUCAGAAAUGGGAAAAUAAGUUAGUAUGGCCAAAAACUUCAAAAGUGAAGGAGAUUUAGUGACAAAACAACCAAAUUCGUGUCUGUCAAAAUCUGUUGGAAUAUUCUCCCUCUCGACAGGUAACAUGGGAAAAGGGCGAAGGGAGGAAGGGUCCGAUUUGAAUGGGGCCUACAAAGGGGAAGAGGGGCAUGAUGGGGAAGGGUUAGUGAAGUUACGUGCAAGCACCCUAAAAACUGGGUCAAGGGUGAGUUUUGCCGAUUGUGACAAUGAUGGGAAUAUGAUUAAGACGUGUAGCGAGUUGGAUUUGAACAUCGAUCCCAUGUUUGCUCAUUCCGCUUUAGGGAGAAGUUUGUCAUACUCGGCCAUUGAGCGAACGGAUCGUCAGUUGGAAGACCCAGAGGUGAUUUUCAACCGUAAUAUGGUGUUCAGUCAUUUUCACAAAAGUUACGACACUUACUCGUUGGGAUCUUUAGACAGUCGAUUGUCGACAAGUCCGAUUCAGGAAGAGGUUUUCGAAAGUCAUGAACACCGGUCGAAUGGUCCGUCUGAGCAUGACAUCGACACAUGUGAAAAUCCUGAUGAUUUGGAUCUAUCUCAUGAUGUGAAUGACACAGUGGAUGACAAUACGGUUGAUUGCGCCUCACAGAAUUCAGGUCAUUUGAAAUCUCGACCUCCAUUGUCAAAUGGGAAAUCAAAGCAUCGACCGUCUUCAGGAAAGCAGACGUCAUGGCUGCUGAGGUUGUUUGAAUCCAAGAUGUUUGACAUGUCCAUCGCAAUAUCGUAUCUCUUCAACUCCAAAGAGCCUGGUGUUCAAACUUACUUAGCCAACAAAAUGUUCAGUUUUAUGGACAGCGACGUGGACUUCUACCUACCCCAGCUGUUGAACAUGUACAUUCAUAUGCAUGAUGUGGCAGAGGCCGUCCACCCAUACCUUGUGCACAGGUGUCGAAGUAGCGUUGAGUUCUCAGUGAAGUGCGUGUGGUUACUCAGUGCAUUUUCUGCAAGCGUUCUUAAACCCACAUGGCGGACGUCACAGGGUCUGAAACUGCGUAACCUCAUCUUAAACGAAGAAUUGAGUCACAGCCACAAACAUCAACAUCAGCUGCAGAAGCAUCAUCCCAGUGUGGCCACCGCCCCUGGCCUUGUGGAGCCCAGCUGCGAAACUACUCAGUCGCUAGGGACAAUGCCCCAGUCGCUAGGGACAACACUGUCUCCCUCUAGCAAGAAAACACAUAUAAGGUCAAGGUCAGAUGCUACUGAAUCCAUUGAUCUGUCUUACAUUGAGCGUGUCUUUGUGAAGGCAAUCAGCAGCCAAUCAAAUCUCACGCAUCACAAUUAUUCGUGCGGUGACCUGGCGUCUGGGCGUGCCUUUGACUCAGGUUGUCUGUGCCACAAGAGCACAGAGGCCAUGAAGAACGAUCUCACUGGAAAACUUGUGCCCUGCCAGUGUGGGUCCCCAAGACUGUCUCCACAGAUUGAGUUUGUAAAGGCUAUGAUGAGCAUAGGCUCCAGACUGGCACAACUUCCUACCAAAGAACUGAGAGGUUCGCGUCUCAUGGCUGAGUUGGCCAUGCUGAACCUUAACCUCCCAGCGCGUGUCUGGCUGCCCACCGUACAGUUUGACCACCAUGUUGUCCGUAUACCACACACACAGAGCGUCGUACUCAACUCCAAGGAAAAGGCUCCAUAUCUGAUAUACGUUGAGGUCCUGCAGUGUGACAACACACUCACCAGCCAGGUGCCCAACAAGAUCCUGGAGAAUACUCUCCGCUACACCAGGUCGGAGGAGGAUUUAGUCACCUACUAUCACCAUGGCAACACCUCGCCGAGAGACUUCAGUGUCUACGGCAACCUGAACGACUAUGAUGAUGCCGAUUGCUGGUCUCAAGAGGAUGAUGAUAUCAUUCAGAUCCAGAUGCCGACCCUGCGGUACAAGUCCAGUGACCAGAUCUCCAUCGAGAGUUCCACUAGUGGCGACAGCAAGGACCCCGUGUACAUCGCUGCCGGCGAUAUUAGGAGGCGGCUUUCAGAAAACAUGUCUGCUCCUAAGGGCAAAUUUGAGCGAGACCCCGAAGACCCAUCGGCAGCUGCGAUGAAGGAACCCUGGGAGGAGAAGGUGCGUCGUAUCCGGGAGGCGAGCCCGUACGGGCACCUGCCCAACUGGAAACUGAUGUCGGUGAUUGUCAAGUGUGGGGAUGACCUCAGACAGGAGCUCAUGGUGUACCAGGUGUUGAAGCAGCUACAGAUGUUCUGGAACGCCGAGCACGUGCCUCUCUGGAUUCGCCCAUACAACAUUGUGGUCACGUCCAACAACAGCGGCAUGAUAGAGCCCGUCCUGAACGCUGUCUCCCUGCACCAGAUCAAGAAGCACAGCAAGCUCACCCUGCUCCAGUACUUCGAGCACGAGUUUGGGCCACAGAACAGCGAGGAGUUCCUCACGGCCCAGAAGAACUUUGUGCAGAGCUGCGCAGGCUACUGUCUUGUGUGUUACCUCAUGCAGGUUAAGGACAGGCACAAUGGUAACAUACUGCUGGACUCUGAAGGUCACAUCAUCCACAUUGACUUUGGCUUCAUCCUGUCCACAUCACCCGGGAAAAACCUGGGAUUUGAAAACUCCGCCUUCAAACUUACACAUGAAUUUGCAGAGGUGAUGGGUGGAGAAGGUAGCGACAUGUUUGAGUACUUCAAGAUCCUCAUUCUGCAAGGACUGGUGGCCUCCAGGAAACACAUGGACAAGAUCAUACCCCUUGUGGAGAUCAUGCAAACAGGUUCCCAGCUCCAGUGCUUCAGUAAAGGCGUGAGUACCAUUCGAGCUCUGAAGGACAGAUUCCACCUAAACCUUACCGAGGAACAGUUACAGCUCCUUGUGGACAAUUUAGUGGAGUCUAGCCUAAACUCUCUCACCACAAAAUUGUACGACGGGUUUCAGUAUUUCACCAAUGGGAUACUGUGAUAGAUUGUUUAGAUUGUUGAUGAGUGACUGGCGAUUGAAGGCUGUGAUUGGAGGAAACAGAAUAAGUGGGUUCUGAAGAUCGUGAUUUGAGGAUCAUUAUGGCCCUUUAUUGGAGAUGGCUGGGAACCGAUACAUUUGUUCCAAUGGUGGUCAAUUAUAGAGUCCAAGGACUGGCCACAAGUUUUCAAGUUUAAGAGGCCAUUUAAAAGUAGACACAUGCUAGUUUCCAUCUGCGGAUGCUAAAAAACACAUUCUGGAUGAUAACAGCCAUUAACUGCAUUGUUUCAGAAAAAUGGAUUAUUGUGAAUGAUAUGUAUAAUUUUACUUCCUACGUUUAGAUUAUACAUGAAUGACAAGGGACAGUAUUUGUGAAACAUCAAUGUUCACUUAAAGAACAGGAAGUAGUUCUUACAGAUUUUGUGUAUUUUUGGUUGAUUCCUGGCUUUUUAAAUUUUAAUAAUAGACACAAUGUUCAUGAAGAAAUAAAGCUUAAUUUGCCUGUGAAGUUCUCAUGUGUAAACAGUGUUUUCAUUGGUAAGUUUUAAGAGUUUAGGCAAUGUAAUGUAACGGUCGAGAACAUUCCUUGUUACAAGGGCCAAACGAUGGACUGUGUGGCCAGUACAUAUCCACCGAAAUCUCAAUUACAGUGAUAAUAGACUGGGUUGUAAAAGGCUAACAAGUGUAUAGGAAUGUGCACUUGUGCAUUGUACAAAUGAAGGUCUGAAACUGAUGUGUUAUGUUUUAGAGCAUACAUCACUUUCAUAUUCACAUCUAAAAAUGAUUUGCUUUACAACUAUCUUUUCUUUGCUUUCCAGAUGUGUUUAUUGGUGAAGUUGUGGCUUAGUUGAAAGUAAAAAUUUGUUGAAUGGGAAUGAUAUUUAUUGUAUAAUUGCUGUGAAAAGUAAUGAGGCAGUAAGAUUAUCAUGUGGUUGCUUUCCUAUCUGUAUCAUGUGUGAUUGAUGUCCUGUGAGUAUCAUGUGUGAUUGAUGUCAUGUCAGUUUUGUGUGAUUGAUGUCCCGUCAGUAUCAUGUGUGAUUGAUGUUAUGUCAAUAGCAUGUGUGAUUGAUGUCCUGUAAGUAGCAUGUGUGAUUGAUUUCAUAUGAGUAUCAUGUGAGAUUGAUUUCCUUUUACAUGUGUGAUUGAUUUCUUAUAUGUAUCAUAUGUAUUUGAUGUCAUUAAAGUAUCAUGUGUUAUUCAUUUCCUAUGAGAAUAAUGUGUGAUUGAUUUUCUAUAAGUAUGUGUGAUUUAUUUCUUAUCAGUAUCAUGUGUGAUUGAUUCCUCAUCCGUAUCACAGGUGAUUGAUUUCCUAAUAGUGUCGAGUUAGGAAUAACCUCGUAUACUGAACUUAAGAUGAGAUGGGAUUUUCAAGUUCUAACAUUGUCAUAGAUUAUUUUAAUUAUAUUUACAUCAAUACAUUUCAUGAAAAAUAGUCAACAUAUACGCAUACAUGUAAUCACAUUAAAAUCAUGUAAUGUUUUAUUAUUGUAUAUGCAUAUAACAUCAGAUCGUAUCAUGUUAUUUUAAAUAUUAUAAAUAUAAGCCGUGGCCAUGACAGUACCUACUGUUGUGUGAUUUUUUUAAUCAAUGCAAUGUUGAAGUGAUACUUAAAUCGCCUGGCAUUAUCAAUCAGUAUUGAAUUAUGUUCUAUAUUAUUAUGUUCUUAUAUUUAGAAUAUACAUUGUAUUAAAUGUGCAAAAAAAAAGGUAUACUGUUGAAAAAAAACGUUACACUUUUUAAUUUCUAACAUUUUUUGAAAGAUGAGAAAACUGGUUGUAUUUCUUUUUUCUUCUUUAUCUAAUGUUUGUGUUCAAAUACGGCACAUUUUUUGGCAAAAAUAAAGAACUGUCACUAAGAAACAAUAACAAUUUGUUGUAUGUACAACUUAUACUAAAUAGCCAAGAACUUUUGGUAAUGUUUAAUGUAGACAAUAAUGAAGUAUAUAUUGUUAUUAGACUAUUUAAGUAAAUAUUCCAGUAGCAUUGUUACUAAGUUUAAUUACAUUGUUGCAUAUAAUGCAAACUUACUUGCUACCCAAAUAUUAUGGGAGCAUUUUAUGUGCUGUUAGCAAAUAUCAAUGCAGUAAAGUUCAUUAAUAUUAUUGUGUACAGUGUACCUGUUAGUGUUUGUCCAUAGGUCUAUUGCUAUCCUUAUAACUGUUUAGUUGUAUUAAUUGUUGAAUCAUGCCAUUGCGAUAUUCAUAAAACAUGGUAACGCUUGAUAAAAAAACAAAUUCGUUUUAAAAUUGACCGUCUUUUAUGAUACACUAAAAUAUUGAAAACCAAAGUUUACCAAAUUUUAUUAAGAAUUUAAGGUUGCCUGAUGUUAUUUUGAGCUAAAUAUAUAUAACAUAUGUAUACAUAUAAUGUAUAUAUAUAUAAAAUCAUAUUCAUACAUGUAUCAUCAGUCAUUAAAAAAUCAUCAUAAAUACAUUUAUUCUAUAAUAAUUGAUUAUCAAUGCAAUUUUUAAUUACAUUUAUUGUUCUGAUAACUGUUUGUGUAUUAAUUUUAUUUUUGCGCAUGUAAAAUCUAUGUGUAAUUCCAUACUUUCUUGUAUUACUUCUAUGCAUCAAACAUAUUGCUAAGACACUGAAAUGUUACAUCCUCACUUGGCCAUGAAUACAAGUUUUUGAUUAAUUAGUUGCAAUAUUGGGACUGUAUUGAAGCACCAAAUUUGAGACUGUUCGAUCGAAACUGGGUCAUAAGGUAGGUUUACUUUGUUGCAUCUAACUAACCCUUUUUCACUCAUAAGCAAAGUGAAAAUGGCUAUGUGCAAACAGCAUACAAUCAGAACAGCCUACGAGUAAAUUGCAGUCUGUUCAGGUUUUAUGCUGUUUGCUGCUCGUCAGUAUCAAAUGGUCGAUAUAAAGCCUUUUAAACUUGAAUCUAGUAAGGAAGAUCUUUAAUUAAAUUUUACUUUCUUUGGUUACUACAAAUACGUCAAAAUAUAUUUCUAAGUGGUAAAGGUUUGAAAGUGAAGAGUUUUGGUAAUUAAUCAUUAUGGGGUAGGUUGGGGUUAAGGAUAUUUUCCUCACUUGAGACGUUUCCUGACUCACACUAUUGUUUGAAGUAAACACACUUGGAAAUGCAGUAAACUCUGUAACCCUUUUCCUUUCAGAAGCAAAGUGAAAAUGGCCUUUGCAACCAGCAUAAAACCAGAACAGCCUGCGAGUAACUCGCAACUGUUUAGGUUUUAUGCUGUUUGCUGCUAAUCAGUAUCUUUAGGUUGGAAAUGAAGCCUUUAAAACUUGAUUCUAGUAAAGAUUUUAAAUUUUAUUAGAUUUUGGUCAAAGUGCAUUUCUAUGUGGUAAAGGGUUAACAGCUUAUAAAAACUUAUACAAAUAAUUAAUUGCUCUAAUUAAUUAAUAAUCUUCUGUGUUGGCAGAAAUCACAAGCAUCCUUACAUUCACUGGUAUGCAAACAGUGCUGUGAUGGAUGAUUUCUACUGUAAUGCUUACUUUCUGAUUGUCUCAGAUGUGUUGCCAUAGUGUUUGAAAGUACAAGUUUAUGUACCAAAGAAUUUGUAAUUGUCAGUGUGAGUAAAAAGGAACAAAGGAUUGCUGUAAAAGGAAAAAUGUAUAAAAAUAAUAUUUUUGUACAUUUAAUCUUUUAUGUGUUAAUAUGAGGCUGUUUAUUUUAAAAAUAUGUGAUCUUUGAACUAUUGUAUGCCAACGACAAACUUUAGAUGUGAAUAAAUAAAACUAUGGAACUU